ACCAUCUACCAUUACCUUUCGGUGCUUUGAUAUCACAGGCAAACAAGUCCUUCACAAGCUUCACAGUGCUUUGCCAUGGCUGACAAGGAUCCAUCCCCCGCUGAAGACGCCGCCGCGCGCAAGAAGGAGGCUGAGGAACAGGCUGCGCUGCCUUACAAAUGGACGCAGACCAUCGGCGAGCUGGAUCUCUCCUUCAACGUCCCCGGAAACCUCAAGUCGAGAGACCUCGUCGUCGAUAUUAAGAAGUUGACCCUCACUGCGGGUAUCAGGGGACAGGAGCCCAUCAUAAGUGGCGAUCUCCCCCAUGCGGUCCGCGUCGACGACUCUACUUGGACCCUGUCCACCAACUCUGACGGAACCAAGUCCGUAGAAAUCCACCUCGACAAGGUCAACAAGAUGGAGUGGUGGGCACACGUCGUCACCAGCGCACCCACUAUCGAUGUUACCAAGAUCCAGCCCGAAAACUCCAAGCUCUCCGAUCUCGACGGCGAGACCAGGGGCAUGGUUGAGAAGAUGAUGUUUGACCAGCGACAGAAGGAGGCUGGCCUGCCCACCUCGGACGAGCAGAAGAAGAUGGAUAUCCUCAAAAAGUUCCAGGAGCAACACCCAGAGAUGGAUUUCAGUAAGGCCAAGAUCCAGUAACGCGGGGGUAUUGUACAAAAUAAUGAAUAAAACAAUUGCUU